AAACCCCUCGAGAGGAAGGAAAGCUGUGAGUGGCUUUUCUCGAACCAGGCAACAGAAGGAGCGCGGCAUGGAGUUGCAUUCAAAUUGGGUGUGUCCAGUGUGUCUGGACCUGUUAAGAGAGCCGGUCACCAUUCCUUGUGGACACGACUACUGCAAAAGCUGUAUUGAGGCUUGCUGGGAUCGGAGAGAGGAGAGGGGGAAGUACAGCUGCCCUCUGUGCAGGAAGAGCUUCAGUCCGAGGCCUGUCCUGAGGAGGAACAGCACGCUGGCUGAGGUGAUGCUUGUUAAGAAGCUAAAGAAAACAAGAACCCAGCAGGCUUCUCCCCCCGCUGCUGUGUCCCGUGCCAGCCAACCAGAUGUUGCCUGUGAUUUCUGCUGUGGGACCGCUCCCAACAAAGCCACGAUGUCUUGCCUGACGUGUUUGGCCUCUUACUGUCCGGCUCACCUGGAGCCUCACUCCAGCGUUCCUGUGUUGAAGAAGCACCGGCUGGUUUCGGCCACAGUCCCGCUGCAGCAAAAGAUGUGCACGAAGCACAACAAGCUGUUGGAGGUCUACUGCCAGACAGACCAGAAGUGCAUCUGCUAUCUGUGCGCUAUCCAUAGGCACAAGAGCCACUGUAUGGUGUCAGUGGCAGCAGGGAGGGCUGAGGAACAGAAGCAGCUGAUCGCGAGUCAGAGGAAAGUCGAAGUGAGAUUCCAGGAGAGAGAAAAGGAGCUGACUGAGCUGGUCCAAGAUCUGAAGUAUCUCAAGAGUUGUAGCCAGGCUGCAGUGCAGACCAGUGAUAAGCUCUUUGAUGAGAUGAUCUCCUCAUUAAAGAGAGAACGCACUGUGGCGAAGCAGCUGAUCAAUGCCCGGGAGAAGAGGGCGGUCGCUCGCUCUAAAAAGCUGCAGCUGCAGCUGAAGGAGGAGCUCACCAAGCUGAGGAGGAGACACACCGAACUGGAACAGCUUUCUCAUACGGACGACCACAUCCAUUUCAUUCAGACUUUCCAGUCCCUCUCCACCUCCCGUGACUCUCCAGACUGGCUUCCUGAUCCUGUUGUUUGUCCCAAACGUUCGUUCAAAACUGUGACUGACUCUGUGUCAAAGCUGAGGGACGACAUAAAGCGCCUCGUGUAUGACAACCGGCCCAGGAUCUCCGCCUCAGAUUGCUGUCCUGACGAAUGAAAGCUGUUAGAACUGUUAUUCUCCUCCAUUCAGACAGGUGUACAGAUGUCAGACAGGUGUACAGAUGUCAGGCAGGGGUUGUGCAGAGAGCAUUGGGAGGUACGUCGGAGGUAGGCGGUAAUGUGUCUUAAAAGGACAUCAGCAGAUCGUAUGACUCAGUUUCGAAAUUAUAAGAAGUGGUGCAGUUGAGAGUCAGGUUAAUGUGUGCCACUGUUGAUCAGGCUGUAAUAGGCCCUCCAAUAUAACUGGAUACCAUAUGAAAGAGACAUUUUUUUUCUGUAAUAUAUUCUGUAGUAUAUAUUCUCUAGUUAGUGCUGAAAUGCUACAAAAAAUACUGGCUACUAUUUUGAUGAGACGUUGAGAAACAACCCGUUUUAAGAUGUUUUGUUAAAUGCUUUGGCUUUUCCAGAUAUUCCAGGGAUUUUCAGAUAUUUUGCAUUGAUGAGUCUGUGACAAAGGGUCGUCUUAAUAAUUACUUUUAAUGUUUUAAAAUGUGUCUCAAGAGUAUUAUUUUUUCCAUUUGUUCCAUUCGGGUAACUAACUUUUUGGAAUAAUUAUUUGCAUAAAAAGGUUGCUCAGAAAUGAUACUACGACUGUUUGGUUUGUUUGUUGACACACGUUUAUUUUGAGUUAUUUACAUUGUUCACCACAUUGGAGCAUUUUAUAUGCAGAAGAGUCUGUUUUGGAUGAUUUAGAUUAUUUUCAGAAAAAAUAAAUUAAUAAAUAAAUGUG